AUGAUUCCCAAGUCAUUCGUAUCCGUACUGUCCUUUACCAUACCAGCUGCAUUUGCUCUGGACAAUGGCUUCGGCAGGACACCAGUCCUGGGUUUCAACACCUACAACGACAUAGCGUGCUCGCCAAACCAGACUUACAUCUCGGCCACUUUGGAUGCUUUCAAGACGAAGGGACUGCUUGCCGCGGGAUACAAGUACUUUCAGCUUGAUUGUGGCUGGCAAGGUUUCGAGCGCCAGGCCAAUGGUUCCAUCACCUAUGAUGCAUCUGUAUUUCCUCAAGGGAUCGCCCCCUUAAGCAAGAAGGCAAGAGAUCUGGGGUACCAAUGGAGCAUGUAUACCGAUCAAGGUGUAAAUUCCUGCGAUACGAUACCAGGWCGGCCAGGGUCACUCGGCUUCGAAGAGCAAGACGCUGCGCAAUUCGCAGCCUGGAAUGUGGCAUACAUGAAGAUUGACAACUGCUACAUCGAGGCUGGACAGAAUGCGCCCAAAGAUCCGCGAACUGACUUCCCGUCUCGGUUUGGCAAAAUAUCAACUGCCCUGCAGAAUGUCGGAAUCAAAGGCAUCAGUAUCUGUCAGUGGGGAACUCCAUACGCAAGCCCUACUGGCCUGGAAGGACCAUCUCAAUGGACGGCGCCUAUUUCUAACGGGUACCGUCUUUCAGACGACAUCAUUGAUUCGUGGCAGAACAUCGAGCGUAUCUACAACCAGGCCAUCCACAUCAUCCUUCUCGGCAGGAGCGGACCUGGUCGAUUUGCUGACAUGGACUUGCUGGAGGUUGGGAACGCAGGACUGUCUAGCAUCGAGCAAGCCAGCCACUUUGCGAUAUGGGCCAUGUUUAAGAGCCCUUUAAUGGUAUCGACUGCUGUGCCGACCAUGAGCGAUGCUACUGUUGCCAUACUUUCGAACAGGAAUCUUCUGUCCAUCAACCAGGACCCGCUCGGUGAACCUGUGAAGCUUGUCCAACGCUUCACCAACGAUCGUGAUGUUUUCGUUGGGAACCUAUCGAAUGGCGACAAGGCAGUGCUGGUGGUAGAUCAUUCGAACACUACACGUACCAUGACUAUUGAUUUCAAAACGCUCGGUAUCCGCCUAGCGAACGUGAAGGAUGCUUGGACAGGCCAGACUCAGGCCGACAGCAGAACUUACUCUGCGCGAGUCGGUGCACAUGGCAACAUUGCUCUUCGACUCAGCAACGUUCGCUUGCAGACAGUCACGGAGCCGAAGUUGACUUGGAUCGAAGCCGAGAGCGGUACACUUUCUGGAAAUGCAAACAAGCAGUCGUGCACAGGCUGCUCCGGAUCUUCGAAAGUUGGCAAUGUCGGUAAAGAUGGUACGCUGACCCUGAGCGGUAUCAAAACAAGUCAAUCUACUCAAGACGUUCGUUUCGACUACAUCAAUUGUGAAAUCAAUUAUACAUUUGCUAUGACUGGACGCAACGCACGAGGUGCCAGUAUUACCGUCAACGGUGGCGUUGGCCAAUCCGUACUAUUCCCAAUCACAGGAUACAACUGGGAUCGAGACGUGACCAAAUCGUAUCUCGUGCGGCUUGCUGGUUUCAAGACAAGCGGCACAAACACCAUCUCCAUUACGGGCCUUAGCGAAGAUACGACCUAUGCUCCUGAUUUUGACAGGAUUGGUGUUGUUGCAUAA